CUCUCUCUCUCUCUCUCAGAUGUGAAUUCCUCGCAUAGAGGGAAGGAGGGGUGAAGACGCAACUUCUGCCAAUAGAAGGAAACGCUGUCUUUUUUAUGUAUCAAACUCUCGGCCUGUUUUCGGCGUCCGUUAUACACUCUGCUCAGCUGAUUGACUCUGGACUUUAUCUGUGAUUAACAUCAUCUAAUGGGAUUAAAGAGGCUCAGUUACCGAUGUGUACAAGGCAACUGUCGCAAUCCGUUAUAUUAAGUUGCAUCAGACAUUUAAGAGAACGCCCAAACUUUUUUGAUGAAUAGAUGUGCGUAAUUUUGGAUAAAACGCGCUACGUCUUGACAUCUACGCACCAAGCGAAAGAAAAACGAAAGGGCGAUAGAAAUGUUUAGGAUAGAAUAGAAACUAGGCUACUUAUUUAGUUGCGCUAUUCUUGCAUAUCCGUCUGCAGACACUUGCAAAUUAGUCAGUUUGAGCGACGUAAAUGCUGUUGAAGUUGAGCAGAAUAUCCACAGAAUGCUGGAGUGAGGGCACUGAAGAUGGCAUCGGCGAUUUUUGAGGGCACAUCCCUGGUGAACAUGUUCGUGAAGGAUUGUUGGGUUAACGGGAUUCGCAGGCUCAUCAUUAGAGGAGAGGAAGAGGAGUUCUUUGAAAUAAGGACUGAAUGGUCGGACAGAAACAUUCUUUACCUUCACAGAAGCUCCUCAGAUUUGGGAAGACUUUUAAAAAGACUCCUGGAGUGUUUCCCCGAAGACAGACGACAUUUAUCAGAGUCUCCUCUGAUAGUAGGGCUUGUGAAGAUUAAAGAAGCAAGAGACAUUGAGACAAAACUAAAUGAAGUGGAGCGACUGUUGAAAAACGCCAUUAACAUGCCCUGGAAGUUUUCUAGGUCAGAGGUUGUCUUAACAUUCUUUGAACGCUCGCCGCUAGACCAGGUCCUGAGGAAUGACAAUGUCCACAAGAUUCAGCCAUGCUUUCAAAGUCCAGUUAAGAUUUCAGAGAUCAUGAGGUCUAAUGGGUUUUGCCUGGCGAACACUGAGACCAUUGUGUUUGAUGAGAGCGUUCCACUGGACAAAGAGAGACCCUCCUCCACUGACUCAGCCCAGCACUCGUAUGAUGAGGAUGGGAGAGAAUCUUUGGAUCAUGUGGAUCAAGACCUGAGUGACGAUGAUCCUGAAGCUUAUGUCACCAACCUGUCCUACUACCACCUGGUUCCUUUUGAAACUGACAUCUUGGAGUGAUGCGCACAAUUCUGCAUGGGUAGACAUUCACGGGGGGGAAUGAACCCCACCUCUGCAAUGCAGAUAGCCUGCAUGUAAUUUUUGCCAAGAGAUGGGAUGUGCUCUAAACGAGGUUAAUUCUGAUUGUGUUUAUGCUGCAGGAAGAGUCUAUAUGAAGAGAUUACCACUAGACAUAUAAUCUGUCCAUCAGAUUUGGUGGCCCACAAUGCUGUAUGCUUCAAUGCUGUGUUGACCAACGUGCCUCUUAUUCAACAUAGAGUCAUACUGCAGACAAGAAAAUAUAAUAGGAACUGACAUAAGGAAAAAAAUAAGUUGCUAUUCCUGUUGCACAGAUUGAUGGUGGCCACUGUGUCCUAGUGAUUUAUCUUUUUCAAGGCCCAAUGCCCAGAAAACCUGCCUGGAAAAUUACAUUUCUUCUUCAGAAAGAGUCUGCACUAUGAAAAUCAGUCCUUUGGCUUUAGUGGAUGAUCUGAAGAUACUCCAGGAGAAGAAGAUUUGCAUAAGGAUUUACCAAAAUGGAAGGUUGUGAUAGUAAAAGAACUUAAACAUAAAAUGCUGAUUCAAAUAGCCAAAUACUGAAAAAAAAAAAAAAAUAAAAAAAAUAAAUCCCA